AUGAUUUGUCGGUGCGAUUUUUAGUUAGACAAAAUUUUCACGAUAAAUGAAGCGAUGGAUUUUUGUCAGACCACUUUUUGGAACUGGAAUGCGUUUUGGAAUGCUGAUGUGCCAAAGCUUCCCAGUUGUUUCCGUCAUUCCAUCCUAGUGUUCGUUCCUUGUGGGAUUCUGUGGAUUGUCAGCCUCCUCAGUUGGAUCCGAUAUUGCUGCAUCAGAUGCUGUUGUAUGUCAGGGCAGUUGCAAGUUAGAAACGGUCACACCCCAUGGACGAAAUUUACUAUCUCUAAAUUGGUUCUGACUUCAGUACUGAUUGUGUGCGGCUUAGAGGAAUGCGUCUACCUUCUGUCAGAACACAGCAGUUUGCAACCUGUGCUUGUAGCUAAAGUAUAUUACUCAUCUCUUAUAGUUCGCACAUUGACAUUUAUGCUUGCCUUGUAUCUCCAGUACAAGCAACAUAAAGAAAGAAAACCGAAUUCAAAUGCUUUAUCGACGUUCUGGUUGCUGUUUUUUAUUUGUAAUUUAUUCAAUUCGCCCGUCAUCUCGGCCUUUGGGAUAAAGCUUGAAGAAAUGGAAGAUCCAGUUACUUACACCUUAACUAUGAUCACAUUGGUUGCAUUAACUGCUCAAACUCUUUUGUCGUUUUUCACCGAUCCGCCCAGCAGUUGUUCGUGGCACCCACAAAAGGAUGAAUUUUUGAUUGAGGAACAGACUCUGAUAUCAAGGUUAUUGUUUUCUUGGAUGACAAAGAUCGUGUGGCAUGGAUAUAGAAAUACCUUCGACAUCAAUAACCUUGCUAUUCUAGGCCGCAAAAUGCAAGCAAUGUAUGCAUAUUCACGCUUCCAGAAGCCGUGGAGUAAAAAGCAAAAGUCACAUCGAAUUUCUUCUGAAGCCGACAACAAAUUCAUAAGAAGGAAAAUCAUCUUUUUUCGCCGCCUUUUUCUACUGUUGGCUAUAUAUAAAGGCGUAUGGCACUGGAUAUUGCUUACAGGGUUCAUAGAACUGAUAUGCACUGUCUUAUAUAUACUACCAAUUAUCCUCAUUGAUUACAUUAUUCAGUAUUCAGAAAGUAACGAGCCUGCAUGGCAUGGUUAUAUGUACGUUGCAUCGAUUUUUGUCGUUUCUAUCCUCCACACUUUGCUAUCAGUUCACAACACGAAUUUGGCGCAAAAUGCAUCUUUCUUUCUUCGACCUGCUCUCAGCUCUGCCGUCUAUCGAAAAUGUUUACGUCUGAGCAACAGACAGAAGCACCUUAUUGAAUUUACCAAAAUAACCGACCUAGCGACAGUGGAAGCUCCUCAGGCCUCCGAGUGGUUGGCAGACACUCAUAAGAUGUGGAGUAUUCCACUGCGAAUAAUUUUGUUAAUUUUCUUGCUCAUCUACAAUGUGGAGUCGAGUUUGGAAUUUGAAUUUCUAGUGCUCACUCUAAUAGUUUAUGUGAUAGCUUAUAUUGAAAAGAAAUCUCAAAGACAGCAGGUGAUACAAGAGGAACUAAGAGCACUGAGAAUAAAGCAAAUGAGUGAUGUUUUGGAGAAUAUAAAGACCAUAAAACUGUGCAGAUGGGAGGCGCCAUUCAUGAAAGAAAUAAACAGAGUGCGACAGGAAGAGGCCAGUGUUCUGCGGAUAAUUGGGUUAUUUGGGGGACUGAUUUUCUCUAUUCAAAAUUUCCUUUACUUUGCGCUUGUUAUAAUUUAUUUUUUGAAUUACGCCGUCUUUGGUGAGGAAGUCCUCAAUCCCGGAGCAGGUUUUGGAAUCCUCAUCGUCUGCAAUCUCUUGGCUUCAAGUGCCUAUACCAAUGGUAUACUGAGCGAAAAAUUCUCGCAGGGGCGUGAAUCUUUCAUAAGAGUAAUUGAUUUCCUUCUUGGAGAACAGAUUGAUGAAUCUGUUUUGGACGAUGAAGCAGAUAUUGGAAACGCCAUUGAAAUCGAGAAUGGCACUUUCCAAUGGGACAAAGAAUCCGACCCGACUCUGCAUGAGAUCAGCAUUUCGGUCCCACCCGGGUGCUUGGCGGCCGUCGUCGGGCCAGCGGAAGCAGGAAAGAGUGCCUUGUUUUCCGCGAUCAUCGGCGACAUGCAUUCCUCCGCCGAAGGGGUGGUGCGAAGAAUGAAGGGUAAGCGACUGGCUUAUGUGGCGGAGGAUCCGUGGACACCGAACACCACAAUCCGGAAGGAAAUUCUCUUCGGAAGAACGAUGGACGAAGAGAAAUACGAAGCCAUUCUCAAACUCUGCGGUCUUCAUCUUGACCUUCAGUCCUUCCCGGAUGGCGAUCUCACCAACAUAGGAAUUCUGGCAAACAGGUUAACAGAAGAACAAUUGCAAAGAGUGUGUUUGGCACGAGCAUUAUAUCAAGACGCUGAUAUUUAUUUACUGGAUGACCCGUUUCAUUUGUUUAACUCUGAAGACCGAGAGCAGCUCUUCCACCAGGUUUUAGGACCAAAUGGGUUUCUUAAGGAAAGGACCAGAAUUCACUCUACUCACGAUCAUUCUCUUCUACCAGAAUUUGACAAAAUCUUCUUCAUGUCAGAGGGUAGGAUCAUAGAGACUGGAAGCUUCCAAGAAUUAAUCACCAAAAAUGGCGAUUUCGCUAAAUGGAUGAAGGAAAAUCAAGAUAACCCCGAAACAACCAGAAACGAAGUCCUAAAUGCAUAUCUUAGGAUAAACGCCAGCAGUGAAGAAGUGGAUGUUAAGGAAGACUAUGAUGAUGAGAAAGUGGAAAUAAAUGGAGUAAAACUGAGGAAUGUAAGGACAUAUUUUCUAUAUGGAUCAUUGAGAGGAUCUCUUCUGUUUUUCCUGGUAUUUGUGGCAUACCUAUCUCUUGAUAUCGGCUCUAGUGUUUGGUUGAUCCAGUGGAGCAAAGACGUUGGUGAGAAGCCUUAUAAGGAAUGGUACUACUCACGGAAAGUUAUUUACGGCUGUUUGCAGUUUGGACAGUGUUUUAUACUUAUCACUGUAUUUGGUUUCGGGUCUUUUAUGGCCAAGAGAUUUGCAGUAAACUUUCAUAAGUCGAUGCUUCGGAGCGUUUUGCGUGCCCCAAUGUCAUUUUUCAACACCACUUCGCUGAACACCAUAGUGAAGAGAUUUCGAGACGAUCUCAAGAUAGUGGACGACCACAUGCCGAACGUACUUCUGAUGACUUUUAUGUUGAUGGUGGGAAUUUUUGGCUCCUCUAUCGUCAUAACAGCGAUUCAUCCUUUUUUUCUCAUCGUUCUUACUGCACUUUGUAUUCUCUGUUUUUUCCUUAUACGCUUCUAUAUGACUUGUAAGCGACGAUUCCAGGCCCUCCAUAACCAGACAUAUCAUCGGGUGUAUCAGAGCUCCAUCGAUUCCCUAGUGGCAGGAAUGACCAUACGCACUCACAGAUGCCAAGAUGAAUUUGCCCGUUUUCACGACGAGGUCACGGACAGUAACUCCAGAGUAAUACUCGCUUCAGAACAGCUGGACAGGUGGUUUGACAUCCGUCUUCAAUUUUUGGCGAACGUAGUUGUGUUUGCAACUGCUUUGCUUUCUGUGGCAUACAAAUCGUCUCUGAGUCCUGCACACGUUGGAUUAACCAUGUUUUAUGCGAUAAGUCUAUCGAAUAAACUGGUCAGUUUGAUUCCAAUCGUCGUUGCAGUGACAGAAGAAACAAUGGCAUCUCUUCAUAGAAUUCGAGAAUAUUCGAAUAUAACGCCUGAGGAUUCUUCGGUGAAGGAACGUGAUCCAUUUUGCCCGAUUGACUGGCUGGACAGGGGACACGUCGCAUUUCAAGAUUACUCUGUGAAAAGAAAGCAAGGGGAUGGAUAUCUUCUCCAGGGCAUUAAUAUUGAGUUUCUCCCAGGAGAAAAGGUGGCAAUUGUUGGUGGUAAAGAAUCUGGAAAGGACCUUUUAGCCUAUGGUCUUUUUCGGACAGUAGAACCUGAAAGCGGCAAGAUUUUUAUCGAUGGUAUCGAUAUUACGAUGAUUGGAUUACAAGAACUUCGGUCGAAGAUAGCAUUCAUUCCUAAAAAUCCAGUGAUGCUCGACGGAUCCAUAAGAUUCAAUCUCGACCCACUAGAAGAAUAUUCUGAUUCCGAUCUGUGGAAAGCCAUCGAAAGGGCACAUUUGAAAGAUUACGUCACAUCUCUGGAGGGCAGACUGGAUUUCUUGAUCUUAAAAGAAGAAGAGGGGCUAAGUGACGGUCGGAAGCAGCAGCUGUCCCUCGCACGAGCUCUUCUGAAGGAUUCCAAAAUUCUGGUCUGGAACGAGGAUCCCAGUCCCAAAUAUAUGGAAGAGGAUGAUUUGAUUCGAAAUAUCAUUAUGAAUGAGUUGCCAGCCUGCACUGUUAUCACUGUUUGUCAUCGACUGUACACAAUUCAGAAUUAUGACAGGGUCUUAGUAAUGGAAGACGGAAAAAUCGUAGAAGAAGGAAGACCAGUCGCUUUGUUUUCAAAUGAACUGUCGCCGUUUUAUAAGUUGUGCAAGGCAAUGGCAAUGGUGUAAGACAAAUACAUUAUUUCAUUUGAAAAAAAAAAAAUGUACAUAUGUAUUAUCAAGUUCCCCGAGAGAAAAAUUUUGUCUUUCAUUCAUUUCAUCAAAUAUUAAAGCAUGCCAUUAUAUUUCGUCAUCACCUUUUAUAUCAUCAGGGACCUCGUGCAAUGUGUUUCAAAGAUUUUCCAUCGUAAAUAUAGUCAUAAAAUUGUUUAACUUUACUCGUGAUAUCUUAUCUAGUAUUCCAUCCUUAAUAUCUAAAUCAUUUUAAUAGCCUUUCUUUUAAAGUCAAAUAUGAAGGAACAACCUUUUUUUUGGAUGGAAUUUUCGGCAGACAAAAUUAAAUAUAUCUCAAGAAUUAUUACGAAUUUUGAAUCAAUCAAUUGAAUUUGAUACAACCACAAGACUUGCAGGGCGGAAUCACUGAAAAAUAUCAGUUUAUGUAAUUGAAAAAUUUCGAGAAAGUACUUAAUUAAUUUGAUUAAUUAAUUUUUCAAUUGAAAGGAACCUGCUCCAUCAAAAAAAAAAAAAAAAAAAAAAAAAAAAAUGUGAACAUGCGGUAAUAAGCAACAAAAUUCCAGAGUUGUACCAUAAUUUUAAACUAAAUACCAAAUUCAAAAUAGCAUGUAAUAAGAAAUUCCAGAAAGAAAAAGACGUAAUAUUAAGUGUAAUUUCUCAGAUGGUCAAUACUUCGCCCGUGCUAAGUAAUUUUGGACUAGAUGAAGACUCUCAUAGACACUCUUGCGAUCAAUAAAGGAAAGGACAUUGACCAUACAUAUUUUCUUUAACUAUUUUAAAUAUUCAACUCAUAGAACAAACAAUCUUAAUCAGAAAUUAAUAACGUCUGUCAAAAUACCCCCAAAAGAAUUAAUUUUUAAUAAACGCCAUCCGCAGAUUCUUUUUCAGUCAUAAGAUUUUUGACGUACAUUAAUUUUUUGACAUUGUGUCAUAACGUUUUUUUUUUGUUAAAAAUCCAAAUCGGUAUAUUUUUUAAGAAUGAGCUGUUAAUUUUCCUAACCAAAACGCCUUUAAAUUGAUAUAGUAUUUCAUCCAGUGCUUUACUUUCGCUAAACUCUUUGCUUGCAGCGCCACCUCAUUUAUUUGUUAUAUACAUAUGUAAAGAAAUAAAUAAAAAUGAACUCCUUCUCUAGAUAUUGCUACUGAUUUAAAUUUAAUAUCUUAAAAAAUUAUUAUGAACCUAGGAACCCUAUACUUUGCUUUUUUUACAUACAUAGAAAAACCAACAGAAACCGGUGGCGCUGCGGAUACAGCGGUUAGUGUAAGAAAAGGCAAAGAUAAAAUAUUAGCAACCAAUAAAAGCGAUUUGAGUUUAACUUCAGCGGUGAAUUGUAAAAUACACUUCUAUAUAUUUUUUUCAAAAGUUUAUUAAUAGAAAAAUUGUACAGCAUUGAAAUUGGUAUCAGUGAAAAGAUAAGUGUUUGAACUUUAAAAGUAUAUAAAAAUCAUUAUCACUGAUUUAGUAUUUUCGGCAGUAUCUAUUUCAAGUUUUAUUUUUUCAGUCAUCAUUUCAAACAUCAGUGUUUCUUU